AUGUCGGCUUCGUGCACGGCGAGGCAACGUUAUUCUUCUACGUUGUCUAAGGUCACGGUACACUGCAUGAUUAUUGCCACGUCCUACUGUGCCCUGUUUAUGGUCCAGACGCAGUACGGUAUGGUGCGCCGGUACAAAGAGCUCUCCGUGAUGAACCUGCUCUACCUCCAGGCCCAGAUUCACAGCCUCAAAACCCAGCUGGACCAGGAGAUCGCCGCAGAUGCGGCCUCUGUCGACAACACGGAGAGGCCCCUCUGGAACUAUCACUGGCUUUCGCUUGCCACCUCAGGAACCAGAGGGGAUGGGAAACGUUGGAAGAUCUGGCUGGAACUGCACGAAGCGAUCGACAGACACAACCGCGUCGUCGCCCUCAGCCCUCCCACCAACGCUCAACGAGACUUCCUCUCCAAGUACAUCAGCGACGACGGCAUGAAUGGCGGCCGCUGCGGCUUCAUGUCCGCCGAGCUGGUAGGCGACAACCCGGCGGCGUACCAGAAGCUUCAUCUUGAGGACCUGGUCAUGUUCGAGGCGCCAGCGAGCGGCGGAGACUCGUUGCUGGACAAGUGUUUCGUGGAGCCGGCUAUGAAGGUCAUCCACAUUGCUCUGAGGAGCCACAAGAGAACCAUCAUGCAAGACCUCGAGGCCGGGCUUCCCUCUCCGGAAGGGGACAACACGAGCGAGCACGAGAAGACCGGCGAAAAUAGCCAGGCAGCGGCCGUAAGGAAAGUUGAGCUGUACCAGUAUUCGGCGCCUUGGAACACCUUCAUGACCAAGUUCAUCCGCACGGGACUCUCCAUCCUGCUGCCGUGCGCCGCCAUCCUGAGCCUCAACGCCGUUCCCGGCCAGAACACCAGGGUCUACCUGGUUUGCAUGUUCUCGGUGGUAUUUUCGAUGGGAAUGGCCAUGUUUACCCAGACGAGGGGUACCCAGGUCUUUGCUGUCACGGCUGCAUUCAUGAGUGUCCUGCUGGUCUUCUGUGGUGGGAACGGGUCGGGAAAUUGA